UACAAGAGAAGAGGGAAAUUAUCUGUUAUCUUUCCCGGAUCACAACAGACAUGGCCGGUGACUGAAUGUUUUCUGUGCCAGUCCCAUGAAGCAGUUAUGCAUUAGACGUGCAUCGUGGUGCAUGUUUUUUAAUGAUGGUGUAGACCGGUUUUUCUAACCUAGUGAGGAAAUGGACUGCGCGGCGUUUACAGAGCAAAACGCCGAAAGACGUGUUUAUAUCGUUGGAUCGGAGCUUGUGGAGAACUACACAGUUUACAUAAUCGAGGUGAAGGUUGGGGAGCACCGGUGGACCGUAAAGCAUCGCUACAGUGACUUCCAUGAAUUGCAUGAAAAACUCAUUGCCGAGAAAAAGUUUGACAAACAUCUGUUGCCUCCUAAGAAGAUAAUUGGUAAAAAUUCCAAAACCCUUGUGGAAAAGAGGCAGAAGGAGCUGGAGGUGUAUUUGCAAACUUUGCUUAGCCGAUUUCCUGUGGCUGUACCUAAAGUUUUAUCCAUCUUUCUACACUUCCAGUUCUUUGAAAUCAAUGGCAUCACUGCAACCCUGGCAGAAGAACUGUUCCACAGAGGUGAGCAGUUGUUAGCUGCUGGCGAGGUUUUCCUCUUGAGACCCCUGCAGCUCUACGCCAUCACCCAACAACUAAAGCUCGCCAAACCCACCUGUGCCAAUGGAGAUGCCAAGGCAGAUCUUGGGCACAUACUGGACUUUGCUUGCAGACUCAAAUAUCUCAAGAUCCCUGGGACAAUAGGAGUUGUGGGCACUAGUAAUAUUGCAGAGCACUGUCUACCGUUUGACCUUUCCAUGUUUAAAUCAGUGCUUCAGAUUGAGAUAAAUGACUGCAGUUCAACACAGAUAAGUGGACUUCCUGCAUUAAAGCCCACUCUGGCUACACUCAGUAUUCAUCGUUCAGCUGCGUCCAUGAAGGAGAUUUUAGUUCCUGAAGCUGCUGAGUUUGCCCAGUGGGAACCUGAAGGCGUGGACAUCGAUUGUGCACUGACAGCAAUCAUUCCAAUGUGGAAGAUAUUGACCACACUGGACAUGAGCCACAAUAAGAUCUGCUGCAUCGACGAGUCUGUGAAAUUGAUUCCUGCAGUUGAAUUCCUUGACCUUGGACACAAUUUCUUGUCAAUGGUAGAAAAUCUACAGUAUUUAUACAAUCUCGUGCACUUGGACCUGUCCUUUAACAAGCUUACAGUCCUCGAGGGUGUUCACACUAAGCUGGGAAAUAUCAAGACUCUGAAUUUGGCAGGGAAUCAGCUGGAAACGCUUUCUGGUCUCAGUAAACUUUACUCUCUUGUGAACCUGGAUUUGAGCACUAACAGAUUAGCACAGUUGGAUGAAAUUAAACACAUUGGGAUGUUGCCCUGUUUGGAAAAACUUGCCCUCGCCAACAACCCCAUGUGUAUCAUUCCUGACUACAGGACAAAAGUUCUGGCGCAGUUCUGUGACAGAGCAUCAGAGGUUUGCUUAGACGGCACAGUAACCACUGCAAAAGAGUUGGACACUGUCGAGGUGCUGAAAGCCAUUCAGAAAGCCAAAGAAACCAAAGACAGAAUGGCAAACAGUGAAAAAAAGAUUAGUGUUGUCCCCAGACAGACUGAUGGAGGCCUGAAUCCCUCGUCCUCCAGCUCUGUUGCUGCUCUACAGUCUUCUUCUUCUUCUUCUUCUUUUUCUUCGCCUCCGCUCCACUGUGCCAGCUCCAGCCAAGAAUUAGCUUGCAAAGAUGACGCCUUUCUUACCAAAGAGAUAUUGACUCGUGUGGAUUCUACAUUUACCCAGCGAUGCUGUUAUAAUUACCCCACAGCCUGUGAGGUUACACCUCAGGUGAGAACUCAACCUACUACCUGUUCAUCUUUGGAGAUCAGUACUGAGCAGAAGCAUGAAAGAUCUGGCUGCUUUUUUUGCGAAGAAAACCAGGAAUCAAGGAUCAACAGACUCACCACACCAGUGCUACCCUUCUGUUAUUUGUCUUACACCACCACCAACUUGGACUUUGUUACCAGGCUUUCCGAUUUGAUCUGCCAAACAGAUGAAGAGAAUAAAACAACCAGCGAAUGCAGGACCCCCUCUGUGGAUGUGCCUGAGCAGGGCAGCCCAGACUCGGGGGGCAGUUACUUUGAGAUGGGUCCAGAUCACAAUGAUGAGAUCAUGGGCUGCUCAUCCACUUCCACGCUUCAGGACAAUGAACCUGAGACUGUAGAAAGCUUAAGUGUUCAGAUAAACCUGAUAGCAUGGUCUUACUGCAUCAAAGUGAGCCAAGACGGAGAUCUGAAUCAGAUACCGUGCUGUUUGGUUACAAUGGAAAAAGUGCUGGUGGUUUUUCAGAUAAUGUCCAAAGUGAUUCCACAAAGCUUGGAUGAACUACUGGACUGUAUUAAAGUAGCACUGAUGGUACCAUAUUCAGACAUAGAGGCAUUUUGUUUUGACAUUCCAGACACUUGUCUCUCUUUAUGGUUGAAGUCCAACACUACACGAUGGUACUUCUUUUCAGAUGGACAAAAUUUAAAGGACAUUCAUUCCCAUGUGAACUCGCUUCUAGAUGGAGCUCAAAGUGAACAAAUCAGCGGACAGUCUGAUGUCCACUCGUUUAUUCAGCAGUUUCUCAAUUCCUGGGAAGUUGAAGAGGAUGAUAGCCGUGUGAAAAGUGUAUAUGUAGCUCACGUCUUGGACCGUACCUCAUUGGCUUCAAAAAGUCAAAAAAGCUCUGUUCCCUCUGACAUUUUAUCCCCAGUCCAUGAAAGUCACACCUCCAUCCCGAUACUUCUGUUCAUCACAACUCGACACCUCUGCGUGCUCAAGGUUGAUUUUGUGGCAAUGGCUUCACAAUCGAGUGGAAACUGCAUACAAUCUUGUGCCAAGUUUACCAGAAUUCCACUCGCAUCUACAUUGCUAAACCCCAGGCAGAAUCGACAUGGUCAAAACAUUUCAGUCACCCACCACUUCUGUGAAGGCCAUGUUUUAGAACUAAUGGCAGGGCAUGAGCACUUAGCUGCUAUUUUCGCUCUUCCUCAUGACAAGUUUCUGUUUCUGAAGCAGUUCGCUCAGUUCCGCGCCAGCCUUCGUGACAUUAAGACUAUCGCCCUUCUGCAGACCAGUAAACGUCACCUAAGAUUGAGCAGCACAACACCUAGCAAAGAUACCAAGGAAAUGAGUGGUUCUCAGGACACACAGAAGCCACAUUUAACCCUGUCGCUGCUCAACCCUGGAGACUCAUUUAUCCAGCAGCUCUCGGAUGAAAACCAGUGUCCGUCCCACCUGUCCCUCUCUUCAGCGCUGCAGCACCUUUCCUCACUGAGGCCCGAGGAGCUUAUAAUCUUCUUCCAUGACAACAUCGCAGAGGUGGAAAAUGAAGAGCUAAAGCACAUCCUGUGGACAUCUGUGCUCUUCUACAAAUCCCCUGACGUUGAGCUGACCGCCUGCGUUAUGCUCUCUACCAAAGCCGUGUACUAUAUCCUGGACGAUGUUGCGUCCACGCUCAGUGAUCAAGCUUUGACGUGGAGCUGGCACCCGUCAGACCACAAGGACAUGGAUUUCCUCAUCUCUUUUUGCUUUGUGAUAAAGCUGAAUGAGCUGCACAGCGUGAACGUGGGACUGUUUGACCAGUACUUCCGAGUGGUGGGGACGUCUCCAGAGCACAUCAUCUCCUGCCUGACCAGAGACAGCUACAGCACGCACCACUUCCUUCAGCAGCUGAUGAGUGUGCUGUCUUUACUGGACACGGCGCCGUCACCAGAGCCUUCAGACCAAGACUUCUACACACAGUUCGGCAAAAAGAGCACAGGCAAAAUGGAGAACUACGAGCUGGUGCACUCAAGCCGGGUAAAGUUUGUUUACCCGAGUGAGGAGGAGAUCGGUGACUUGACCUUCAUUGCAGCCGAGAGGAAGGGCCCCCAGGGAGCUGCGCACUCGUUCAACGUCCUGUUCUAUGCCCUGGUGUUCCAGGUGCAGAGUGGUCCGGGUACGAGGGCCGAGUUGCAUCCAAAGAGCCUCGUCCUGAGCAGCACUCAUGUCUUUCUAUUGGACGAGGACUACAUCAGCUACCCAUUGCCCCAGUUUGCCAAAGAGCCUCCUCAGAGGGAUAAAUACAGGCUCACGGACGCACGCAGGAUUCGAGACCUUGACCGUGUGCUCAUGGGAUACCAGCCGUACCCACAGGCGCUCACACUGGUCUUUGAUGACGUGCCUGGGCCUGAUCUGCUGUGCCAUUUGACCAUGGAUCAUUUCUCAGAUGAGAAGGAAAGGAAACGGAUGCAGGGUGCUGACGGGGCUGAGAGCGAAGUGCAGUGGUGUAUUUUUGUGCCUGGUGCGGACAGCAGAGAGAGACUGAUCUCACUUCUGGCUCGCCAAUGGGAAAUACUAUGCAGCCGGGAACUUCCGCUGGAGCUCACAGGCUAAUGGAGGUUAUAAAGGUAAUAGAAAAACAAAUCUAGAAAGAGAUGACUGGGUUUAGUCUUAACUUCAAAUUUAGUCCCAGCUUUAGUUUUCUUUAUGAAGUCUUCAGGCUUCCAGGGUCAGGCAAUACAGCAUACAUGAUGAUGAGAAUAUUGGUCACAAGUGCCACCAACACACUAGCAUAAGUCAGUGACCUGUGUUUUACCUUUUGUGGGUUGUAUAGAGGGGUUUAAAUAAACCCCUCUUUAAUAAACCCCUCUGUUUUUAUAUUUUCAAAAUUACAAUACACCAGAUCCUAAAAGGGGAAACCUAAAACAAAAGCUGGAACUAUAACAGUGGAUAUAGUUAUUAUCAUGUUAUUCAGAGGAAGUAAAGAAACUGUAAAUCCUCUCUGACUUCAUAUUUAAACACACAUGCACACACACUGUUAUAUUUUUACUAAAUCUUUCAACACAAUGCAUCCUGGGAAAAUGUAUAGAGUCCACACGAGUGUAAUUUUCUUUUUUUUAUCAGGUUUCAAACUUUUGCUCUUCAUCUCUCUGCUUAUAUUUUAUUUAUCUGCUGCUGUGUACAAUCUGCCAAAUGGAAAUGACUGAAAAGAACUACGCAUUAUUAAAUGUUGUCUUUUAUUUGAAAUGGCAAAAUGUCAGUUCCUUGUUUAUUUUAAUUUUUGUUUUCAUGUGUUUUAUGUUUUCAAGAAUUCUGGCUUUUUAAGCAAUGAUAUUUUGAGUUGUACAGGCUAAAUGUUUUGCUUUACACAAUAGGAACGUUUACAGUAGACUACCUGCAACCAUUAAUUUCUUUUUAUGCCAUUAUUUGCCUUGAAUAUUCAGAACUCAGCAUGCACUUUUUUUUUUUUUACACACAAAAAUAAACGUGUUCAUUGCAAAU